AUUUUUUAACACUACUUUUUAUUUUUAUUGCAGUUAUUCAAACUGUCGUAAAUUUGAAGAUCGUCAACAAUUAAAUGUAACGGAAGUUGUGGUAAAAUGUUUCGAUGAAUUAACAGGCGUAGAAAUUUACUCCAACGCACAUCCUGUAUUUGUUAAAAACGUUCCUAUCAAAAACAAAAUAACCGCAAUGAAAUUAAUGAAAGAAAAACCACCUAGCGUAUUACUUUUGGGUCUCGAUAGCAUUUCAAGACUGAAUUUUCACCGAAUGUUGCCGUUGACAAAAAGUUAUUUAGACGCUACGAAUUGGAUAGAGUACAAAGGUUAUAAUAAAGUUGGCGAAAACACGUUUCCUAAUUUAAUGGCCUUAUUAACGGGAAGGAAUAUGAGUGGUGUCUAUGAAAAUUGUAAUCCGUAUCACGUCGGUUUAUUGGAUCGGUGUAAUUAUAUUUGGAAAAAUUUUUCUGAUAGCAAUUACGUUACUGCUUACAUUGAAGAUGCCAUUUCUAUAUCGACGUUUACUUUUUUGAAGAAAGGUUUUUUAAAUCCGCCUACGGAUUAUUAUUUUAAACCGUACAUGACGGCGGCUGAAGAUUUAGGAAAGUAUCUUUUAGAUGACAUGUACUUUUGUAGCGGACCAAAGGCUUCGGGUGAAAGAAUUCUAGAAGCUGCAAAAGACUUCAUUUCCCAGUUAAGUGAUCAACCAAAAUUUGGAUUGUUCUGGUCAAAUACAUUUAGUCACGAUAACAUAAACACUCCCGCUCGAAUGGAUAAGAUUCUCGCCGAUUUUUUUAAAGAUAUCCACAAAUAUCUUACCAACACCAUCGUUUUAUUUUUUAGCGACCACGGUAUGCGAUUCGGAAGUAUACGAGAAACGAAAACCGGUUGGUACGAAGAACGACUUCCUUUUGCGUAUUUUUGGGUACCGCCUGAAUUUCAAAAUAAAUACCCAACCGAAUACAUUAAUUUCAUCAAAAAUAGCGAUAAAUUAACUACCCCAUACGAUAUUUAUAUUACAAUGCAGCACCUUUUGGAAUUGUACGAUGACAAGAAAAAUCGUUCUAACUGUGAUUCAAUGGUGAAUUGUAAAUCUUUAUUUGAAGACGUCGGCGAUCGAUCUUGCGAAGAUCUAAAAAUCCCUUUACACUAUUGUACCUGUUUCGGAUAUAAACCAUCAAGUACCCAAUUACCAUUAAUACAACAUGCAGCUGAUGUUGCUGUCGGAGAAUUAAACAAAAUCAUUCGAGAUGAUAUUAACACCAGUACAAAUUGCGCCGAAUACAGAUUGAAUAAAGUCACUUUAGCGCAAACGGCGAUUUAUAAAAACGUUACUUAUUUACUUUUUCAAUUACAGACGAUGCCUAAAGCGAUAUUUGAAUUUACUAUGAGCUUUAACCAGUCCUCCUUUUCAUCUUCGUCGAUGAAACGCAUCGAAUUUAAACGGGAAGACGAAAUUAGUAGGCUAGAUAAAUACGAACAUACCAGUAAAUGCGUUACGGAGAAGAAAUUAUAUUGUUACUGUCGGUCCAACGUUCAAAUGUACAUGAACUUCUUCAGUUUUUGGUUUGAAGUGUGAUGUGAUAUUAUGCACAGUGUACCUAUUUCAGAUAAUUGAAUCAUUGGAGGGAAUUUUGAAUUGAUAAAAGAUGCAGAGUUUAAUAUACUUCCUUCAUUCUUUGUCUUUUCUCCAUAUUUCAUAAUAAUAUAGUAUUUUGUACAAGGAAUGUUUCUCCUAUUUUAAGUAACUCGUUAAAUUUCCCUCUACUGAGUUAAUAUUCUGAGACACAUGUAUAACUGCUAUUUAAUUUUUUUACCGUACUUAAAUAGUAGUUGAGUCAAAGACACAAUAUUUUUUAUAAUUCUGUUGUUUAUAUUUAUAUUAAAAUAAUAAAAAUGAUUGUUUUCUAAUAA